CAUGGCCGCCGCCAUGCUCGCGCGGGCCUGCCGCCCCGUCGGCCGAGCCCUGUGUGCCCGAGGCCAGCGGCAGCUCCACACCAUCUACCAGUCGGUGGAACUGCCCGAGACGCACCAGAUGCUGCGCCAGACGUGCCGGGACUUCGCCGAGAAGGAGCUGAUGCCCAUCGCGGCCCAGGCGGACAAGGAGCACCGCUUCCCAGCAGCUCAGGUGAAGAAGAUGGGCGAGCUGGGCCUCCUGGCCAUGGACGUGCCGGCGGAGCUGGGCGGGGCAGGCCUGGACUACUUGGCCUACGCCAUCGCCAUGGAGGAGAUCAGCCGCGGCUGCGCCUCCUCGGGCGUCAUCAUGAGCGUCAACAACUCCCUGUACCUGGGUCCCAUCAUGAAGUUCGGCUCCCCGGAGCAGAAGACCCAGUGGGUCACGCCCUUCACCAACGGCGACAAAAUCGGCUGCUUUGCCCUCAGUGAACCAGGAAACGGCAGCGACGCCGGCGCCGCCUCCACCACGGCCCGCGCCGAGGGCGACUCGUGGGUCCUGAACGGCACCAAGGCCUGGAUCACCAACUCCUGGGAUGCCUCUGCCACCGUGGUCUUUGCCAGCACAGACAAGUCCCUCAUGAACAAGGGCAUCAGCGCCUUCCUGGUGCCCAUGCCCACCCCGGGGCUCACGCUGGGCAAGAAGGAGGACAAGCUGGGCAUCCGGGCCUCGUCCACCGCCAACCUCAUCUUCGAGGACUGCCGCAUCCCCAAGGAGAACCUGCUGGGGGAGCCGGGCCUGGGCUUCAAGAUCGCCAUGCAAACCCUGGACAUGGGCCGCAUAGGCAUCGCCUCCCAGGCGCUGGGCAUCGCCCAGGCCUCCCUGGACUGCGCGGUCAGCUACGCCGAGACCCGCAUGGCCUUCGGGGCGCCCCUCACCAAGCUGCAGAACAUCCAGUUCAAGCUGGCGGACAUGGCCCUGGCGCUGGAGAGCGCCCGGCUGCUGACCUGGCGCGCCGCCAUGCUCAAGGACAACAAGAAGCCUUUCUCCAAGGAGGCGGCAAUGGCCAAGCUGGCAGCGUCCGAGGCCGCGACCGCUAUCAGCCACCAGGCCAUCCAGAUCCUGGGGGGCAUGGGCUACGUGACCGAGAUGCCAGCCGAGCGGCACUACCGGGAUGCCCGCAUCACGGAGAUCUACGAGGGCACCAGCGAGAUCCAGCGGCUGGUGAUUGCUGGGCACGUGCUCAAGAGCUACCGCAGCUGAGCGGGGAGGUUCUGCCCAGCCGGCGGCCAGGUCCCCGGGGUCAAGGCCCCAGGCAGCGGGGCGGGGGUGGGUCGGGACCCG